GGAUACGGAAACUGGAGUAGAAGAAGUGGCAGAGGCAGCGGCGACUGCGCAUGAGUAGUACAGUAUCGAUCGGGUGGCGCGACAGUGGACAGGUUUUUGUAAACAGGGACGUGCAUAGAUCUUUGAAUUUGUGCACUGAAUUUGAGACCUUUGAAUCAACAUGACAUUCAAGCUUGUAUUGUUAAGGCAUGGUGAAAGUGCCUGGAAUAAAGAAAACCGGUUUUGCAGUUGGGUUGAUCAGAAAUUGACGGAAAAUGGCAUAAAAGAAGCCCAAACAUGUGGAAAAGUUCUGAAAGAAGCAGGAUUUAAAUUUGAUCUUGUACUUACAUCCAUUUUGAGCAGAUCUAUUCAAACUGCAUGGCAUGUGUUGCAUGAAAUGGAGCAAGAAUGGGUACAGAUAGAAAGUUCGUGGCGUCUCAAUGAGCGUCAUUAUGGUGCAUUGAUAGGUCUUAACCGGGCAGAGUUAGCCGCGAUUCAUGGAGAAGAAAAAGUUAGACUUUGGAGAAGAAGUUACGAUGUCACCCCUCCUCCUAUUGAUGAAUCACAUCCUUCCUACCAUGAAAUUUACAAUGACCGAAGAUACAAUUUUUGUGAUGUUCCGAAAGACAAGCUACCGAAAACUGAGAGUUUGAAAGAGGUUCUUGAUAGAUUGCUACCGUAUUGGAAUGAAGUGAUUGCUCCAGAAGUAAAAAAGGGGAAAUGCAUCCUAAUAUCUGCUCAUGGAAACAGUACCAGGGCUCUGCUCAAACACCUGGAAGGGAUCCCGGAUGAUGAAAUAGUUAAUUUGACCUUGCCCACUGGAGUCCCAGUCCUUUUGGAGCUUGACGAAUGCCUUCAUCCUGUUAAACAUCAUGAACUUCUGGGUGACCAGCAGGCUAUUCAGGCAGCAAUCAAAAAAGUGGAGGAUCAGGGCAAAGCAAAAGCUCCAACAAAUUAACCUUUGGAGGAGAGAUAUAAUUAAAAAACUGAAAUUCACAGCCACCAUGGGUAUUAUGUCCCUGAAGAGAAGAUGUUAGUUUCAUGUUAGCACUUGUAAAUGUUACUCUUGGCUCCCUUGUUAUAUUGAGAUUGCAUUGUUUGUGACAGCUACUUUCUUCUGGUGCUCUCAGCUGCACAAUGAGGAUAGAUUAUUUUGGCUUUAUUUAUUUCCUUGCACCUGGGAUAUUAGUUUAUUUAUUUGAGAAAUUAAAAUUUGUUUUAAUGUAUAGUUACAGUAUUGAAAGCUUUCUAAAUGCAUGACAAAAUCAAAGUAUCAAGUACCCUUUCAAAUGUCUUCCAAAUCAGAAUUUAAAAAACAUCUUUUGGAUGAUUUCUAGGGCCUCCUCUCUGGUAAUCAUGUUGAUGGUCAUAAAUUUGGUGGGGAAGUUGCGGGGGGAGGGGGAAUGUUGCAGUUGAGGGGAAGGAACAAUGUGAGCAUUUAUUCUUUGGUCCUCUGUAGCACAGCUGCCAGAUCCUUUAGGUAAUUUCAACAGUGCAUCCUAAAUGUAAAUGAGAAGAAUGAAUUAAUAAAGGUGUAUUUGGCAUUUCUUGCUACACUAAUUUGUCACCAAUUAGCAAUCUUGUUUAAUGUGCUGUUCGACCUGGGUGCCCUCUUGGCAGAAACCUGUCCAGACUAGAGGAAGUUUUAGUUCAGGGUUCCUUCCUUUCAGCUGAUACCCAUCCAAAUCACAUUUCGAUUGUCAACACGCUGUAAGGAUUGUGCAGACUUGUAUGAGGUUGAUGCAAGGUUAGAGUGGUAGGGUGAUGCACUGAAGGAUAACUUGUACAUGUGCUGUAGUCCAUGCUUGAUACUUUUGGGUGUAUAGGGAUAAAUACAGAAUUGGAAUUCCUUUAAGGGGGCAUGGUGGACGGGGGUAACUUGUGAAUUUAGUACAAUAAGUUAAUAAUCAUGCUGUUUUCUGAAGUACUUCAUGCUGGAAUCCUGUUGGUUCAUCAUUGUCAUGAACCUGAUUUUUGCCCUCAUCAUUGUUUAACUUGUUCUGUUGACCUAAUGAUCCACAAAUAAAAAUAAAGCAUUGAGCAAUUA